AUGGAAAAUUAUUUGACAAAUUCCCUCCGCAUUCUCGUUCAACCCAAACAAAAUUUCCAUUUUCGUUACACGAGUGAAUUACAAAACACCCAUGGCUUUAUAACGGGUCAAGUGCCGGCUACACCUACAACACCACAAAAUUAUUCCGCGGCCGAAACCUAUCCAACCAUCCAUCUGAAAUUACCGGCCGAUGGUAAUUUCGAUGAUAGCGGCAAAAAGCGGGAAUUUUAUGUUUUGUGUUCGCUACAUGCCUACAAUAUGGAUGAACGGGACCAUCAUUGGCUAUCGGUCCAUUUGCUGAUGCCGAAGAGUCGGCGCAACGUCAGCUAUGAUUUUGUAUUUGAAAAAAUGUCCGAUGAUUGUAACGAUGCGACAGCCCGUUGUUGGGAACUAAAGGAUUAUGUUAUAGUUCGUCUGAAGUCGGAAGAAUUCGAAAAAUCAUGGAAGGGAAAACAACAACAAUAUGCGGCAUUGGGACUGCCCUUGACAUUCGAUCAAUUGAAGGGUGAUGGCUUGGAUUUGCGGGAUAAGGAAUGUGUAAAGAAAAGUGCUCGUUUAAAUGUAUGUCUGGGAUUCACCAUCUUCGAAAGUAUCGACGAUGGAAACACAUAUCGCCUCUACAAAGAGACCAUUUAUUCCGAUAACAUUUAUCACGCCGAUGACUUAAGAAUACAUCGACUCUGCAACAUUGAUGGCAGUGUGCGAAGCGGCGGCAAGAAGGUGACACUGCUGAUCAAGUUGCAGUCUGGCUACAGCUAUGAGGUGCACAUGUUUCGCGAUGAGCAGGGCAUAGCCGUCUGGGAUGUUUAUAUUCCGGUUGGACAACGGAAUAUAUUUUGCAAUUCCAGCAUUACAUUUAAUUUGCCAGACUAUACGGGUCCUGAUUUCGAUGGUGAUUCGAUCAAUGUCUUUAUCGAAGUUACUGUCAAUCGCAGUACUUUUAAGAGUCAAUGCGUCACAUUCACCUAUCUGAAAGAGGAGGACGAUGGCAGCAGAAACAUAGAUGGUGUCCGCCGAAAAAGGCCACGUCUAGUCGAUGAAGUACAGUCGGAAUAUAAUGGCCCAUCGAUGAUGUUGGAACCACCUGUAGAAUUGAUGGCAUCUUCUAACGCAGGCUAUUACUUACGAAGCGAAUCUGCCUCAUCGGUCGAUGACUUACCAAGCGGAUCAGGGAGUUAUCAUACAAGUCAAGCGCAGGUGACAGAAGUCAUGCCACUUGAGCAGAACAUGACACAAUUGGAUGGUUUAUUUGGUCCGCCGUUAUGUUUUUUGCAGAUCCCAAAUCGCUCACCAUCUCCUCUCACGAAUCUGAAUGACAAUUUUGAAAGAAUGUAUAAUGAGGUGGUGUAUGAUCCAGAUGAGUCCGUUAACGAACUACUGCAGUCCAUUGUGCAAUCUCUGGAACGGUCUGAGGAAAAUGAAUCUUCAACUAACGACUAUCCAAAUAUCUCAAGGGAUAAAAUAAAAACAGACGAGACAAUGUCGGAAAUUUCAAAGCAUGACAACAACAAUGAGAAAAAGUCGAAAAUAAGCGAAGAGAAAAUAAUGAAGAGACUUAUUGAGGUGGUUCUAAGGAAUCCUCCAGCCGAUAUACGUUUCCCGCUCAACAAUCUGUCGAAGAAAUUUGGCAACACUAUUUUCCAUGACGCCAUAAUGAACGAGUCCACAUUACUCAACCUACGCCACCUCAGGCGAACAACAUCGCACAGCGAUUUAAUUCUGAAGGCUCGCAACAAAUUCCAACACAAUCUGCUGCACUACGCCUGCUUCCAUAACAAAUCGGAUUGUAUAAAACCGCUGAUCGGUAUGGGUUUGGCGCUGCACGAACAGGAUUGUAACGGUCGUACCCCCUUACAUUUGGCCAUCGAUUAUCAUUAUCGCGAAUGUAUAUCGAAAAUCCAAGAAGUACUAGAAAACCAUACAGCAUACGAUGCCACUGUGGAAAGUUCGCUAUCGCGAAUGUUGACAACCUACAACCGACAGGGUUAUACCGUUUUGCAUCUGGCAGUAUUAGAACAGAUGGACGAACUAUUCGAGGCAAUGUUGAAAUUUUGUUCAGCGCACAAUAUCGAUACGACCCAUUUUGAGGUAUUGGGCAGUGGUGAUUCUCUGGCCCAUUUGGUGGUGAAAACCAAUUCGACGUCCAUUCUUCAGCUACUAAAGAAAUAUGUGCCGAAUUAUUUGAAUAUUAAAAAUUAUGCUGGUUAUACGAUGGCCGAUAUCGAUGAUAUAUCGGAACAGAUGAGGGCAUCAUUGUAUUUUUAA